UUUUUUUUUUUGAAUUGCGACACCCUUCCUUCAAAAACUCAGCAAGUAUACAAACUCGUCUCGCAAGAGCGUGGGGACGAAACCCCGACACUCAAGAGAAACAAACACUCGUGGGGGGAAAAAACAUUCGGGCUGCGUGUGCGUGUCCGUGGGUCUCCGUGCGUGUCUCUGCGUGUUUUCAUUAUUUAUGUGGCUUCGUUCGCUAUGCGGCGCGUUGAGUGAAAUUCACACAGCUCUUCGGGGCUCAACUCCGGGGAGGCUAAGCUAGGCAGUGUGUGUGUGUGUUCACUUCUCGCUUGUUAAGACAGCGAGUGUUUUGCCCUUAUAAAGAAUUCGUGGGUUUUGUAGCAGAAAUAUAUAUAUAUAUAUAUAGGUUUCCAAGUUGUUUUUAAAAACUAAGCUAGAGAAACGAUGUCUUUGGUAACUUUGCACCGCUCGCCUGUGGGAAGCCCGUCAUCGAGUCCGAUCGAACAGGAUGAAGAAAGACCCAGAAGAGGCAGAAUGCAAAAACGGGAGAGUUUUGCGCUGGUUAAAGGGGCGGUUCUUUUGCUCCCGGAGGGCCAAGAGACGCAGGAAGUAGAUAACGAGGAAGCCCCGCCCCCUUCGCUGCCCCGCCCCCAAACGAAAAGCUUCGGAGUGCAACACUGCCACCUGCAGCACAUGAUCGCGCUACUGCGGCCUGAGGACAGACUCAAACUGGCUGUGCGAUUGGAGUCCCUGAGAGAGAAUCGUACUCGUUAUCUCUUAAUUGUGUCAACAGUUUCAAAUGAGGAGGAAAAUAUUCUACUAGGAGUCGACUUUCUUGAUAAUGAAAGUGUGUCGUGUACAAUCGGACUGGUGCUUCCAGUGUGGAGCGACACACAGGUCUAUCUUGAUGGGGAUGGGGGGUUCAGUGUCAAUUCUGCAGGACAGACGCACAUCUUCAAACCCAGCUCAGUGCAGACCAUGUGGUCUCUUCUCCAGUCUCUGCAUCACUGCUGUCAGGUGGCCCGUGUUGGUUCUGUUCUGGACUGGUCCAGGUUCUAUCGGAGUCGGUUGUGUUCGGAUCAGAGCUGCCUGAACGAGUGGAACAUCAUGUCGGACCUGGAGUCAAUGAGACCUGAUACAGCCCGGCUGCAGGGGAGCAGUCGUUCCGAGAAGGAGGUGGCUGAGCGUUUGAUCAAAACAAAGCUGAAGGAAAUCAUGUGGAGCCAAGACUUGGAGAACGUCACCUCAAAACAGGUGAGAGACCAGAACGCACGGCACUCCUGUAAAGGGAGGGGCCAUUGUGUGUUUGUUUUUUUGCUGGGGUGUUGCAGGGUUGGCUUCAUUCUCAACGUGACUCGUGAGAUUGAUAAUUUCUUCCCGGAAUCCAUACAGUAUUUCAACAUCCGCGUUUACGACGAAGAGACGACAGACCUGCUGCCCUACUGGAACAAAACCUACCAUUUCAUCAGCAGAGCACGGCAGUCUGGCAGUUGUGUUCUGGUUCAUUGUAAGAUGGGGGUGAGUCGCUCUGCCUCCACAGUGGUUGCCUUUGCUAUGAAGGAGUGCGGCUGGAGUCUGGAUGUGGCUCUGAGGUACGUGAAGGAGAGGAGGGGCAUCGCCAACCCCAACCCCAGCUUCAUGAGGCAGCUGAGCAUCUACGAGGGCAUCCUGGACGCCAGUAAGCAGCGACACAACGCUCUGUGGCGAAGGAAGUCCAGGGAGUUCCGGGGGCUGCCCUUGCAGGGUGACAGCGAGGAGAGCGAGGAGGGAGGGAGCGAGUCAGAGGGGGAGGAGGAAGAAGAGGGAGGGGCGCACGCAGCGCCUCCCCAAAUCCGUGUGCAGGAGUCGGAGCAGGACCAGGGUCCCGCUGGUUCUGUGUUGCUCCCUCCCAGUGCUCCCAGUGCUCCCAGUGCUCCCAGCGCUCCCAGCUCGCAGGAGUCUGGUCUAACUGGGCUGCAGCUCCCAACAGGCAGGACCAGAGACACCAAGAGAAUGAACCUCUCAGCCCUGAUGAGGUCCAUCAGCGAGAUGGAGGGAGAAGAGGGCGAGGAGGAGAGAGGGAACGAGGGCGAGGAGGAGAGAGGGAACGAGGGAGAGGAGGAGAGAGGGAGCAAGGGAGAGGAGGAGAGAGAUGAGAAGUUACUCAUGGCUCCAGAAGACAUGGAAACGACCUGUGGGAACCAGAGCGUCCGGCCGGCCAAUCGGAGGCAGGGUCAUAGGUCACCGGGGGUGAACAGGCAGGGUCCGUGUAGCAGCGAGGGCAGGGAGAGGAGAAGGGGGCUGAUUCAACAGAGACCCAUUGACCACUCCCCCAGCCCUAGGCAGAGCCCCACCCUGUCUCGUAAACACUUCACCCAGAGCCCCAAAAGCAGCAGGAGAGUGCAGCCGGGGGGAGCCCAGGAGCAGCGCUGCAGACCCGGGGGAGCAGGGGGGGGCCGGACCCAGCAGAAGAAGAGGAACAGAGCCGGUGGCCGGGCAGGGGGGCGCGCUGAGGGGAGAAUGAACCGCAAGCUCUCCUAG